UAAAAGGGGGACUAAAGAAGAGGAGCGCAUCACCUCACUGAUCUUUUUCUAUUUUCAGUUGUCAUCCCAGAAGAAGUCCGUCGCUUCACUGCUAGUUUUCCAAAUUUAGGUCAUCAGUGUUUUCAUCAUGGCAAGCAACGUGUUCGGCAACCCGAUCACCGACCAAACAUUACGCGGACUGCCGGAGUACAAGGACAAACCGGUAAUCACGGCCACAGAUAGGGCAACAGUGGCUCUCAACAUGAAAAAUGCUGGGAACAAGGAUGUGAAUGCUCGGAAAUUUGUGGAGAAUCUCAAAGAAAGGUAUGGUAACGGAGUCUCUACCCUUUGCUUGGUCUAUAAUGCUACCGGAGGCACAUUGAAUUUUGUUUUGAGCCAUGACUGGCAUGGGCACAUUGGGGAGUCCCCAUACCCGCAACAAAUAGAUAAUGGUCAAUGGGGUGCAUAUUUGCACGUGCAUACCUCUGGAGCUGCCGUUGGAUCAUCUGCAGCUGUUGUGUAUCGUGGCAAGAAUGAAGGUGGAACAACCUGUGACUGGAUGUUUGGCUGGUCCAACCCAUGGAACAGAUGGGGCAAUGACAACACUGUCUACACUGAAAUUCGUGAAUAUCGACACUAUGAGGAUAAUAACCACUGGAAUUACAUACAAGAUAAGGUGGAAGGAUCUGGCCUUACCCACAGUGACACGUGGAAUGGAUGCGUCUCAACUGUUGCAACUGGUAGUAGCACUUCCCCCAUAUUGCAGGCAAUCCUCACACUUGAAAAUGCUGAGGGACUUUGAUGACUUUUGGUGCGUGCUGCAUUUCCUCCCUGGAAGUCAGUAGAGUAAUGGUAAUAAUAUCAUAGUUGCGUUGAAGAGAUGUGACUAUGCAUAGCUUGGAAGGUGCUUCUGUUCAGUUUCUUCUACCAUGCAAGUGUGCUACUGCUUGUAGAAACAUAACGUACGUUUCAAUAAAUAAAUAAAUAAAAUAUAUCAUUUUGUACUAAAAAAAAUUGUAAUGUUAUUAGUGCGCUUUCCAAAUGAUAUCAAAUUUGAUAUUUAAUUA